AUGGCUUGUAUAAACGACGAGAACUCUCAUUUUUAUUCAUCGUCGUCUUCUCUUCCGGUGAUUGCCUCUCGGAAAUUUUCUGUCGGAGACGACGGGAAGUCCGGCGACGAGUUUCCUUUCGAGAGGGUUUUCCCGGUUUAUGCUAAAGGAACCCUUAAUCCCGAGCCCAACCGGGUUUUGCUGGAUUUUACCAAUUCUGGUUAUGACCCAAUUUGGAACACCAUAAGACAAGAAGCUAAGCUUGAGGCAGAAAAGGAACCGAUUUUGAGCAGUUUCUUGUAUGCGAGUAUCUUGUCGCAUGACUGUUUAGAGAAAGCAUUGGGUUUUGUUCUGGCUAACCGUCUCCAGAACCCUACCUUGUUGGCUACUCAACUCAUGGUUAUAUUUUGCAAUGUUAUUGUACACGACAGAGGUAUUCGAAGCUCCAUUCGCCUUGAUCUUCAGGCAUUUAAAGACAGAGAUCCUGCUUGUUUAUCAUAUAGUUCAGCUAUUUUGCACCUCAAGGGCUAUCUUGCGCUGCAGGCGUAUAGAGUUGCACAUAAGUUGUGGAAGCAAGGACGAAAACUACUAGCAUCGGCAUUGCAAAGCCGAGUAAGCGAGGUUUUUGGAAUCGAUAUUCAUCCGGCGGCAAGAAUUGGGGAGGGAAUAUUGUUGGAUCAUGGAACUGGUGUAGUCAUAGGUGAGACUGCUGUGAUUGGGGACCGAGUCUCGAUUUUACAGGGCGUGACAUUAGGAGGAACUGGGAAGGACACCGGUGACCGGCAUCCAAAAAUAGGCGACGGUGCUCUUCUUGGAGCAUGUGUGACUAUACUCGGUAACAUUAGGAUAGGAACUGGAGCAAUGGUAGCUGCUGGUUCGCUUGUGUUAAAUGAUGUUCCUGCGCAUAGCAUGGUGGCUGGAAAUCCGGCGAAAGUGAUCGGGUUUGUUAAUGAGCAAGAUCCUUCUCUGACAAUGGAACAUGAUGCUACCAAAGAGUUCUUUCGAAAUGUAGCUGUUGCUUAUAGAGAGACAACACCAAAUGUUUCAGGAGUUGCAGAGAAGAGUGACAUUAUAAAAGAGAAUAUGAGAUCAUCAAUCCAUCAUCAGUAG